AUGUCAUCCAACAUCAAAAGUUGUCCGUUCCCAAACCCGAUCGGAGAAGAACGUUGUGGAAAGCAAAUCAAUUGGGCCGAAUUAGAAGAACAUUUGAUGAAACCACCUCAUCGUAUGAUACAAAAAACGGCGGUUGAAAUGGCCAACUAUGCUAGAAAAGUAUCACCCAAACCCUCAACUCGAGCAACUACAACAACAAGCAAAAAACCAUCAUUUAAUAUCACCAAUUUGAUCAAUGUACAUGACUCAUCAAACGCCACAGUCUCACCAAUUGUUACAAGUGGUGCUGCAACUGCUACAAAACAUGGUCAUAUUACUCGAGAAUGUCCACAUAAUAAUAAUAGUAGAAGUGGUAGACGUGAUGAAUUUCGUGGUGGGCAAGAUUCGUAUGGUGAUGAUUCAUAUGGAGGACGAAGUGGUUCAUAUGGUGGUUCAGGUCGUGGAAGAGAGUAUGGUGGCGGUUCAUCUUAUGGCAGAUCAGCUAACGAUUUUUAUCUUUCGAAUCAAUCGGACCGUUUUCGUCGUAAUUAUUCGUCAUACAACAAUCCAAUGAUCUGUUACAAUUGUAAUCAAUCAGGGCAUAUAAGUCGUAAUUGUAUUAAACCACGUUCAAAUAAUUUUGGUGGUGGCCGUGGUUUUCAAAGUGAUCCAAUCACAAGUGAAUGUCCUGAAUAUAUUUAUAAUAAACCAUCGAAACCUUGGUCAUUGCAAAACGCUAUAUUGUACGCUGCUAAUUCACUUUUGGAUAAAACACAAACUGAGAAUAACUGGUUUUCUAUGUUAGAUCCAAAAUAUACAACGUUGACGCCGGCUAAACUUGAAAAUAUGAUUAACUAUGCUGCCUAUGACUGUAUUAAUUUAGCAUACCUUCAAUUACCGGUAGCACAACGUUGA